AUGUCAAGGAUGCAAAUUCGUCAUACGAGUGAAACUAAAAGUGAGACUGAGCGAAAAAUAGGAGUAGUUGGAGCAGGUCAAAUGGUGCAAUCAACAUUAUUAUUAUGUCGACUCAAUAAUGAUGACGUUUUCACUAACUUUCUAAUCUUUCGCCAGGGAUUAGGGAUUGCUCUGGUAGCUGCAAAUAUUGCAAAAUUACCCGUCAAAAUUUUAGAUGCUAAUCCUGAACAAAUAAAAAAAGGACUGGCAUUCAUAGAUAUUGCCAAGAAUCGAAUUACGCGUGAUCAUGCUAAUGCCACAAAGUCACGCAUCACCACAGUAAAUGACAUUUCCGCCUUUAAUGAUUUAGACUUUGUGAUCGAAGCUGUCUCGGAAAAUGUUGAUCUAAAAUGUUCAAUUUUCAGCGAAUUGGACAAAGUCACCAAAUCUGAUGCGAUUUUAGCAACAAAUACCAGUAGUAUUAGUAUAACAAGGAUUGCUGCAGCGACAAAAAAACCUGAAAAGGUGAUAGGAAUGCAUUUUAUGAAUCCUGUACCAGUUAUGAAAUUAAUUGAAAUCAUUCCUGGACUGGCCACUUCUGAUCAAACUCGCAAUACCACACUUUCACUUGCAACAGAAAUGGGUAAAACCUGUACAAAGUCCCAAGAUGUACCUGGGUUUGUAGCAAAUCGCAUAUUAAUGCCAUAUAUUAAUGAGGCCGUGAUGGUGUUAGAACAGGGAAUUUCGUCACGUGAGGAUAUUGACGCAACAAUGAAACUUGGAACCAAUAGUCCUAUGGGGCCACUCACACUGGCAGAUUUCAUUGGAUUAGACACAUGUCUUGCAAUUAUAAAAGUCCUUCAUCAAGAGAUUGGCGAUACAAAGUAUAGACCAGCAGUCUUACUACAAAAAUAUGUGGAUGCUGGAUGGCUUGGUAGGAAAUCUGGUCGAGGAUUUUACGAGUAUUAA